UGAUUUUUUUUCAUCUAGAGCAACCUUUUUUUCUCCAUUAUUAGUUGGUUUGCAAGGUCCUUUUUUUUUUACUUGGAAAUCUACAAUCAUUUUGCGACAAAACCCUAGUUCAAAAAUAUGUGUGGAAAGAUAAGAUGGCUGAAGUUGAACAUUGGAAGCGUAUGUAUACAGAGUCAGGGAGAAAUUUUUUUCUUCUUAAGUACAAGAAAAUUGAGUUGGAGAAACGAGUUAACGAACUUGAGAAUCAGUAAGCGUUACGGUUGAUAGAUGAACUUGAUUUGAAACAUUUACUGGAAGAUGUUAAAAUCAAGUACGAUCGAUUGUUGGUGGAGUUUCAGGAGAAGAAAAUUGAGUGCGAGUUGGUAAAGAGUGAGUUGAAGGAGUUGAGUGAGAGUAAGAUUGGUGUCAGAAAUGGACUCAAGGAGUACCAGAUUAUGUGUAAUCGGUGGAAAGAGCGGAGGAAUAAGAGUCUAAAGUAGGAGAAGAGAAUUUCAAAUGAAAGAGAGAAGAAAGAAAAUGAAAGAAUUACAAGUCUGGAAAAAGAAAUUAUGAAGAUGGGAAGUGAUCAGAGGGAGAAAUGUGUUCAGUUCAGUAAGGAGAUUAUGGAAUUGGAGUAUGGAAAACGAAGAGCAGAAGAUGAAAUGGAGAUUUGGAAGAAGAAAUUUAAGGAUUCAGAGUGUGGGAAACAAAGAGUAGAAGAUGAUAUGGAGGUUUGGAAGGAGGAAUUUACGGAUUCGGAGUGUGUGAACCAAAGAGCAAAAGAUGAAAUAGAGAUUUGGAAGCAGGAAAUUGAGGGACUGGAGUCUGAGAGAACAAGAGCAGAUGUUGAAAUUAACCUUUUAAAGAUCAAGUGUAUGGAAUUAGAGAUUCAAGCAGGGGAGAUGCUGAAUCAUGGAGCUGAAUUGGAAGAUUGUAAAGCCAAGUGUCAUGGUUUGUGGGUAGAGCUUAAAGAGAAGGAAGUUGUAUGCAUUGAUCUUCAUCAUUAGCUAAUGGUCUGCAAGACCAAAUGCAAUGGAAUGUAAGAGUGCAUUAUGGAAUUAACGGAAAGCCGACAGGCUGUAUUUGCAAGAGAGAAGACGGCACUGGAAAGAAGUGCUUACUUCGAAAGAUGUGUUAAGAAGGUGAUGAGUGACGAGAGAGAG